GAGCCUGCCCUAGUGCUGCUGCAGGGAGCUCGACCCGCCGUCACGAGGAAUGUCACCGUUGAAACUGCCCUGGCCGCCGCUAAGGCCUCGCAGGCUCGUGACGACGACACAGUGGCGUCGGCGCUGGCCCGGACAGCCUUGGAGUUGCACCUCAGCGUCAACGAGACUGUGCGUGCAAUGGAUGCUGCUGCAAGGGCAUCUACGGCGACUACAGCGAACACACUGCAGGGAGGGUCCUCGGAGUCUCUGCGAGACUCGGUGUUGAAGGCGGCUCGAUCGGCGGGGCUCACCGAGCCGCAGGUGGACCGGAUCAAGACCGCCCUGGUCACAAUAGACCACAGGAACUACGUCUCUGUCCUGAAUGUUAUGAAAGCUGCCAGCAAUGCCAGCAGACCCGAGCUAUCUACAGCAGAGAAGGUCGCUGCUGUCGUUUCCGCAACUGCUGUGGCGAACUUCAGCCGCCAACAGGUGGCUAUGGCAGCUGCAAGCGCGACUCGCGCAGCCGUAGGAUCUUCUGCAGCCACAGCUGCACCUUUGUCGUCGGUGGCAAGGAGUGCGGCAGCUGCGGGCCUCAGCGUUUCAGCACAGGCGGCCGCUGUGGCAGCGGUAGGUGCUGAAAGUCCGCGCUCCCAGCUGGCCAUCGCGAACAUGUUCAGCAGCGCUGCGGCAGCUUCCGCCACGCCCAACAUGGACAUGUGGACCGGAGGGUUCGGCUAUGGAGAUUCCUACGGCGACGACGAGGAACGAUCCUGGGAUCCGGAAGCCACCAGCGUCGGCCGCAGGGUCGCGGAGGAGGUUUAUGAUGCUCCGAUCCCAGAGAAGGAGAAGAGAGCUAUAGUCGCCUCAGCAACCUGGGCAGCUGCCCGUGCCGAAACCGCCAGCCGCCAGCUGAACGGCACUGCUGGGAUGCCCGGCGAGGUCGCAGGUGACUUUCUCGCCCUGAGCCGUGCAUCGCACGCUGCUGGCUUCUCGGACAGCGCCACGGCAGUCAUGAAACACCAGUGGCAGGACAUGAGCUCACAACAGCGUGCCGUUGCAGCGAAAGUCCUCGAAGCCGUGUCCUCUGCACAGGGCCAGAAGCGACCGGGAAAAGGAUCAUCUUCUGCAGAGCGCGUCGCUUCCGUCGUACGGGCAUUGGAGGACGCAGGCGUCCCGGCGAGCGAAGAGGCCGCCUUUGCUGCUGAGGCCCUCCGCCACGGCGCGGCCGUCGAAGAAAAUCUCCAGGUGGGGCCUGGCUCAAAGACGAUCUUGGACGAUAUCGUUGACCUGGUGAAGUCUGCGGGCCUGGGCUCUGCGCAGCAAAGUGGCAUCCUUCAGGUGGUCGCAUCAAUGCAGCCCGCG